AUGUCAUCCAUUGAAGCUUAUCGCCAAAAUUUACAUGAUAUAAAAAAUAAUGAUUAUUUUGAGUCACAUAAUCCAAAAAAGCUAAAUGAUAAAUCAAAAACGGGAGGUUACAUCCGACCUUGGGAAUAA